UGGUUGAGCUCAGAGCCUCAGACUGGAAGCAGAAUAAGUCAGCUGACCGUACAGCGUUCAACAAACAGCCAUGCACUUUCUGCUCAAAUUUGCGCCGCUGGUUUUAGGGGUAUCCGUCUGCCACGGGUGGCUCUUCGGCGACUUUGUUGGAAAACAGAAAGAGCUGGAUGAAAUCUCUCUCUGGCCGCUACCGCAGAAAUUCCAGUCGUCCGCUGUCGCUUUUAAACUCAGCCCCGCCAGAUUUCAGAUCGUCCACGCGAAAGACUCCUCCGCCGGACCGAGCUGCAGUCUACUGGAUAAUGCAUUUCGCAGAUAUUUUGAAUACAUGUUUGGCGAACUGAAGAAGCACGAGAAGAGCCGAAAGAAAGCGUUUGAUUCCGAUCUUGUGGAGCUUAAGGUAUGGAUCACAGCAGCUGAUCCGGAGUGCGACGGUUACCCGAGUCUGCAAACCGACGAGUCAUAUGAGCUGUCAGUUGAUGAACCCUCUGCUGUACUGAAAGCUGCUAAUGUAUGGGGAGCUUUGCGAGGACUGGAAACAUUCAGCCAGUUGGUCUAUGAGGAUGACUAUGGAGUUAACAACAUCAAUAAGACAGUAAUCUCAGAUUUCCCACGGUUUGCCCAUCGAGGGAUCCUCCUGGACUCGUCUCGCCACUUCCUGCCACUCAAAGUCAUUUUGGCCAAUUUGGAAGCUAUGGCGAUGAACAAGUUUAACGUAUUCCACUGGCACAUUGUGGACGAUCAGUCAUUUCCUUAUAUGAGCCGCACAUUCCCUGAGUUAAGUCAGAAGGGAGCCUAUCACCCAUUCACACAUGUGUACACUCCAUCUGACGUGAAGAUGGUCAUUGAAUUUGCCCGUAUGAGGGGGAUCCGGGUCAUCCCGGAGUUUGACACCCCAGGACACACAGAGUCAUGGGGCAAUGGCAUGAAGGAUCUGCUAACACCCUGUUACAGUGGUUCUACUCCUUCUGGAACAUUUGGGCCAGUAAACCCCAUCUUAAACUCCUCUUAUGAGUUCAUGGCCCAGUUUUUCAAAGAGAUCAGCACUGUCUUCCCUGAUGCCUACAUUCACCUGGGGGGAGACGAGGUUGACUUCAAUUGUUGGAAGUCCAAUCCUGAUGUUCGGAAGUUUAUGGAGCAGCAGGGCUUUGGCACAGACUACAGCAAACUGGAGUCCUUUUACAUUCAAAGGUUACUUGAUAUUGUGGCUGCUACCAAGAAAGGUUACAUGGUGUGGCAAGAAGUGUUCGAUAAUGGGGUGAAGCUGAAAGCCGAAACACAGAUCCAUGUGUGGAAAGUACGGCCGCAGUACCAAGAUGAGAUGGCGCAGGUAACGGCAGCUGGUUUCAGUGCUCUUCUCUCCACACCCUGGUACCUCAACCGCAUCAGCUACGGCCAGGACUGGGUGAACAUUUACAAAGCCGACCCCCAAAAUUUCACUGGCACAGAUGCACAGAAGAAGCUGGUGAUUGGAGGAGAAGCUUGUCUCUGGGGAGAGUAUGUAGAUGCCACCAACCUCACUCCUCGACUCUGGCCAAGAGCCAGUGCUGUUGCUGAGAGGUUAUGGAGUGAUAAAAGCGUGACGGACGUCAGUAAGGCCUAUAAUCGUCUGGUCCAGCAUCGCUGCCGCAUGGUCAAGAGAGGCAUUCCUGCAGAACCUCUAUUUGUCGGCCACUGCCGUCAUGAGUACAAGGGCCUGUGAGCUUCAGGAUUCAGUUCACAGUAGACAAUUAAAGGGAAUCGCAGGACAACACUUUUUAAAACGUCAAACCAUGUUAGCCAUUCCAAUGCCAUGAUUUGCUGUUGUAUGCACUGAACCAGUUAUACAGAACUUGAUUAUAAAUUUGAAAUGGACACUUCUGUGCAUCAGGAUUAUCGCUGUAGGAUUAAAUUGUAUUAAAUGGUAAUUAAUAUUCUUGUGAAUAAAUGUUAUGGAAUUUGAA